AUGGGGUCAUCGUGCUGGUACCCAUCUGAAGUACACCUGGAGUUUGUUGUGGAUGCUUUUUCUUCUUCUUUUUCUUUUUCUUUUUCUUUUUCUUUUUCUUCUUCUUCUUCUUCUUCUUCUUCUUCUUCUUCUUCUUCUUCUUCUUCUUCUUCUUCUUCUUCUUCUUCUUCUUCUUCUUCUUCUUCUUCUUCUUCUUCUUCUUCUUCUUCUUCUUCUUCUUCUUCUUCUUCUUCUUCUUCUUCUUCUUCUUCUUCUUCUUCUUCUUCUUCUUCUUCUUCUUCUUCUUCUUCUUCUUCUUCUUCUUCUUCUUCUUCUUCUUCUUCUUCUUCUUCUUCUUCUUCUUCUUCUUCUUCUUCUUCUUCUUCUUCUUCUUCUUCUUCUUCUUCUUCUUCUUCUUCUUCUUCUUCUUCUUCUUCUUCUUCUUCUUCUUCUUCUUCUUCUUCUUCUUCUUCUUCUUCUUCUUCUUCUUCUUCUUCUUCUUCUUCUUCUUCUUCUUCUUCUUCUUCUUCUUCUUCUUCUUCUUCUUCUUCUUCUUCUUCUUCUUCUUCUUCUUCUUCUUCUUCUUCUUCUUCUUCUUCUUCUUCUUCUUCUUCUUCUUCUUCUUCUUCUUCUUCCUCCUCCUCCUCCUCCUCCUCCUCCUCCUCCUCCUCCUCCUCCUCCUCCUCCUCCUCCUCCUCCUCCUCCUCCUCCUCCUCCUUCGCCUCUGCCUUCUCGACCUCCUAUUACCCUCUUUAUAGACACCUGUUCACUUUGUGCCGCGUUUCCCAAGAGGUGCCGCCGCUGUUCCCUCCUUGGGGUGCCGCAAGUCCCGUCCUUGGCUCCGCCCUUGAGUUCCACCCCAGCCACAACCCGCCUCGCUCCUAA